AUGACUUCCACUGCAUAUAUUUCAGAUAUAGAUCUUGGCCAUGUCAAGGUCUCGAUCGAGUACUGCAACAAGUGUAAAUGGCAGAAUCGGGCCGUUUGGUAUAUGCAAGAGUUGUUGAUGACAUUCGACGGCAAGAUCAAUGAGAUUUCAUUAUUGCCCAAUAACGACAAGCCAGGAACCUUUAGUGUGUCGCUAAAAACCGAUAAAUCCAACAAGAUAAUUUACAAGAAGCGGAUGAAAAAGACUAAAGACAAGCAGGAUGAACCGUGGUUCUAUGACGGGUUUCCCGAUUCCAAGUUUUUAAAGGUUUUAAUCAGAAAUGAGCUAUUUCCUGGGGAUGACUUGGGACAUCUCGACCGAUACCAGAACUUUACUCUCAACGAUGGGGCCACUGGAAAGGUGGAAGCGGCUCCAAUAGAACCAGUUGAGUGUAAGGAUUGUCAGGUAGAGCAAUAA